UCAAUACACUGUAUAAGUUCGAAACUCGACCGCUACGAGACAUCACUGGUUAUAGAAGAUUGAGGUUGUGUAAUUCACAGAAAAUUAGAAGUUUUGUGUAUAAAUCUAAAUAAUAUAUUAGAAAUAAUAUAUUAGAAAUAUAUUAUAGAAUAAAUAGGUCCUUCAUAGGCUAAAUAGAAAAUGAAUUCUAUGAUUUAUCGGCUUUUUCGGUUUCCAAAAAACCAUUCUAUGAUAUCGAUUCAAUAUGCAACACAAUCAAAAUCUGACUCAAUGAAGAAACCAAAGAAGAUAAUGGCUUCAAUGCCAAAAAAGGAAUUACCUGUGGAAACAGAUACUCACAGGCUUCAAACUCAUGUAUGUGGAACAAACCUAUUGAAGGAAGGAGGAGAAGAUAUCAAGAUAAAGGCAGAUUCAGAAUAUCCUAGUUGGUUGUGGACUCUUAGAACUGGCCCUGCUCCAAGUUUAGAACAAAUGGACCAAAAUACAAAGCAAUACUGGAGAAGAUUACGAAAAUUAGGGUUAAGGAGAAACAAUCUAAUCAAAGGAACUAAGAAAUUUUAAUUAAUACUAUACAAAAAGUAUAUAGACUAAUAUUAAGAUGCGUUUAUAAGCAUCAUUGUUUUUGUAUUGUAAGUCAGUGAAAAUAUCGAGAGGUGAAAAAUGAAAAUAAUUAUUAUAUUAUA